GACGAAGGAUAUUUCCAAGUGAUCGACUUUUCCGAAAAUGAUUAGUAAGUACAGAGAGUGACGCGCCGAGACUGGGUCUCCCUCGCUUUCCUUCUCUGAUCACUUUUGAUCGUAAAUUAGGGUUAUAAAAACAGCACCAUCAAUCCACCUUCUCUCUCAUUCACUCUCCUUGGUCUUCGGGUGCAGAAUAAACAGGCAUUCAGGACUGAGAUUGAGGUUUGGUAUUACGAUUCAUUCGGUAAAAAGUAAAAACAGAUGUCACGUGCUGGAUACACGCACUGGUGCUACCAAUGCAGGCUGCGAUUCAGGCUUGCAGAGGGAGAACGUUUUUGCCCUCGCUGUGAUCAAGGCUUUAUUCAAGAACUUGGUGAGAUGGAGGACUUGGCACCAGAAGAUGUCUUUCCUAUUCCAGCAGAUCAUUCUCAUCAAAUACCUGAUAUAUUUGAACUUAUGUCUAGUUUGAUGAGGCAGAGAGGUCCUAACCCAAGAUUUGAACUUGAACUUGUGGAUGUUAUUGAUUCUUUUAUGAGGCAAAGAAUGGCUGGAAGAAACCCUAAUUUUGAUGUUAGAAUGAGAUCUGGUUUGGCUCCUGAACAGAAUUGGAGUGUUUUCGGUCCUGAUCCAUAUUGGAUUUUCAAUCAUAUUCCUGAUUCAGUCUUCUCUAAUGGCAGUCCAAGAAGUGGCCGUAGGCAAGUUGAUAUCGGUGACUACUUUAUGGGCCAAGAAUUUGAACAACUGAUUGAACAGCUUUCUACGAAUGAGCAACGGGGUCCAGCCCCAGCACCUCAUUCUUCAAUUGAUGCAAUGCCCACUAUUAAGAUUGCACAAGCACAUAUCCGCACUGACUCACACUGUCCAGUCUGUAAGGAUAAAUUUGAGUUGGGCUCUGAAGCGAGGAAGAUGCCAUGCAGCCAUAUUUAUCAUUCUGAUUGUAUUGUUCCUUGGUUGGUUCAGCACAACUCAUGCCCUGUUUGCCGCCUUGAGCUACCUCCUCAAGGGAUUGAUAGUGCUCGUGGUAGGCGAAGUAGGGUGGGAGGGAACAGUGCCAGCAGCAGUAGCAGUAACUAUGGUAACAACUCUGAUGGUUUAGAGAAUUGUCCACAGAAUCAUGGAAGGAGGACUCCAUGGUCGUAUUUGUGGCCUUUCCGCUCUUCAAAUUCGAACACCCGCCAUCAUGCUGAAAGUAGAGGAAGCAAUUCCUCAGCCACUCAUGAACAGAAUAAUGAGAUGAGUUACUCUGGACGACCUUUUGAAUAUUAAGGCUUCAUUUGCUAUUCUUGUCAUGUUCACUUGACAUGCCAAUUAAAGCUGGUAAAUGAAGUAGGUGUUGUAGAACUGGUUUUCGAGUUUGGUUUAUAUCAAACUUUACUAUGUAAAUGCAUGGUAAUCGGACUCAAUAGGAGUUUGAUUACGUUGGCUCUUUUGUAAAUGAUAACGUGCUCGGUGGAGUAGAGAUGGUUUUAAUAAUUCGAACUAUGGUUAGAAAGGAAUGAGAGAUGCUUUGAGGAUUCUGAAAGAUCCUUGGAGGAACUCACGGCCUUUUUCUUCUAUGCGCUAUACACUUGGGCAGCAGCUUGGCUGGCUCCCUUAGUGAUUAGUUAUCUUGAUUUCCUUGUUCUUUUCUUUUCUUCUAGUUAGACGUUUUCCUUGUAUACUUCCUGUGUACUAGGGUUGUGCCCCUCUGCGCUUUUGAUAUAUAAAUAUUACUUAUAAAAAAAAAAUAAUAAUUCGAUC